AGAUUUCACACACACUUGCGUAAUUUCAUUGUGUGUUUUGCUCUAAGAACAUCAAUUUGCUCCUCAAAUUCCAUUUUUUUUUGCAUCGGAAGGAGUUGGAGAAUUUGCUAGUCAUCAUGGAGUCAAGGGAAAAUAUGACGCCAGCAGUAGAAACAAUAGCUCCUGAGGCUCCAUCAAGCUAUCAAUUGGCUCAGAGGACUGAUAGCCCCACGGCCCAGAUUGGAAACCCUAGCCAGACCAUGGGACCAUUGGGUUUUUCGCCAGUGGCUGGUGGAAUGCCGUCUUCUUUGGCAAAGAAGAAGAGGGGUAGGCCAAGGAAGUAUGGCCCAGAUGGGGUGGGUGCCAGUGGAGGUGCAAGUGGUCGGACAUUGUCACCAAUGCCGCUCUCUGCCGCCUCUUCGCCGCCCACCUCUGGUGGCUAUUCUGAUAUAAAGUUUGGUGAACCAACAGGAAGUGGUGGUGAGUUUCAGGUUGAGAAGAAGAAGAAACGGAAAAUUAAUUCCUUAGAGGCAAAAUCAAACAUGAGUCCAGAUGAUCGGAUUACUUCUGGUGGAAGUUUUACCCCUCACAUGGUAACUGUUAAUCCAGGCGAGGAUGUUACAUCCAAAAUCAUCUCAUUUUCCAAAUACGGGCCCCGGGCAGUAUGCGUCCUAUCUGCACUUGGCAUUAUUUCACAUGUGACUUUGCGCCAGGCCAGCUCAUCUGGUGGCACGGUAACAUAUGAGGGAAGAUUUGAAAUUCUUUCAUUAUCUGGAUCUUUCACACCUGGGGAGGUUGGAGGACUAUCAUCGAGAGAAGGCGGCAUGAGCAUCGCUUUAUCUAGCCCUGAUGGCCGUGUAGUUGGCGGUCUUCUUGGAGGACUUCUCACUGCAGCUGGUCCUGUUCAGGUUGUUGUGGCCAGUUUUCUACCCGAGAUAGGAACUCCUGCUGGACCAAAACCGAAAAAAAAGAAAGACGCCAUUAAACUCUUGACACCCGUAGCAGACCCUACUACUGUACCUCGAACUACAAACACAGACCAUCAAAACUUCAACGACAAAAGCCAAGAAAGUCCCGCAAAAGGUAAUACCAAUUCUACCCCUGCCUCUAACUUCCAGCAUGAGAACCGCAGCACAGGGCCGAACGUGCACGACUGGAGACGAGCAGCCACGGACAUGAACGUGUCCUUGAGGGAAGAUUAAACCCACGUUUCGUUUUUCAGUUGUGGGUUUGUGUCAACUUUGUUUGUUUAAUAACUUGAUAGACGGAUUUUAGUUGUAGAGUCCUUGAUGAAUUGUCCUCGCGGUAGGAGGUGGGAAUCCAUAAGUGAGGUCUCGGAUUCGAAUCCUAACACUAUCCACCUGCAAUUUUCCUCCCCGAUGAUGGUUGUGGGACCAGUAUGGUAGGGACGGGUGGUGUAUACCCGUUUAUUUUCAAGAUUUUAGUUGUAGGGUGUAUGGUGGAAAUUGUUAGGGUGGUUUAAGGUCUCACAAGAAGGUGGUUCCUUUUUGGGUUAGAAAAUGUUGUUAUUUAAGGUUGCUUUAGGCUUUUAGGAUGAUGUAAAAUACUCGAGGU